CUGCCCCUGAUGAUGCCAAGGUCGAAACGUUCACAUUGAAACCUAGGGGCCUUUUAAGUGUGCAAGAGGAAGUUAACAAUACUAACAAAAAUUAUUACGUUUCGAAUAAAUUUGGCAAUAAUAUUAUAAUUAAUACAACUAAUGAUGAUGUAAAUAUAGUUAAGAAUAGAAGAAAAAGAAAUUUAAAUGUAGAAAUCCAAAAUAAUAAUAGUAAAAAGGGUAACAAUAAGAGAAGAAGAGUUGUUAAGAAACUCAUUAGAAAAAAACCUGUAUUAUUAAAUGAUGAACUGACUCAUAAACAAAACAAUACUACACAAACAAAAGGUUUAAAGAAAAGGCGACGAAAAGUUAAAAUAAAAAAGAAAAAACGACUUUUAGUGCCUAAAGAGGAGAUACAACAGAGUACAAAUUAUUUAAACGGCUUAGAGGAACACGGUCAACAAGCUACCAAACCUAGAAGAAAAAUUGUUAUAACGCGUAAACGAAUACUACCAAAUAAAAGCAAAUUACUUAAUAUACCAUCGGUAGAAAUAAGUCCAACGGCAGAAUUAUUAAAUACACAAAUGGUAAUGCAGAAUACUUAUUUAGAUGUGCAGAUCGAUAAAAAUAUAAAUAAUAUUCAGAUAAACGAAUCUCGUCCGGGAAAAGACAUAUUAUCAUAUGAAAAACAUAAUGACAAUAAUGAACAAGGUACGAUUGAUGAUAUUGAAGAAUAUGACGAAGACGAUGAGAACGAAGACGAGGAAACUGAGGAAGAGGAUGAAUUUGAAAAUGAGGAAUUUGAUAAUGAAGACGUUGAAGAUAAUGAAGAAGAUGUUAGCGAUGACGAACACACAAAUGAAUAUAGCGAAAAUGAAGAAAACAUAGAAAAUUCUGAACAUGUCGAUGAAAAAAAUAACGACAAUAGUAGAGUAAACGAUAACGAGGAAUCAACUCCAUCAUUCCAGUCUCUUCCGGAAUAUGAGCCCUUUUUCCCAGAAUUUUCACAAUCUAUUCACGCUCCCAUCCUUCCUUUUAAAACGACCGUUUUAUCUACUGUCGAGUACCUAACUAAAACGGUAAAUGCUACAAUAUUGCGUACUUACACUUUUGUUGUAACCCGUGUGGCAGGCGACCAGGAGACCGUCACUUCGACUACAGAAGUACGACCACAAAUAAAAACUACGACAGUUACUGAAUCCGCCACCAGUUUUACUACUCUAACAUUACUAGAUUUGGACAAUAUGGACAAAGUUACUGAUGUACAGCCAACUUCUCUUCCCAAUCUGGAAUAUAAUCCUUCUUCCUUAUCGGUAUCUAACUCCGAAGAAUUAAAUGCAAAUCCAAAAGAAGAAGCAAGGAAUUUAGCUACAAGAGUUAUGUCCAACGGGGUCGAAGUAAUUGUAGCUGGAGACAAAACAACUUAUCCAGGAGAUAAGGAGUUUAAACGUGUACAAUCCGGUAUUCAAAAGCCAGUUACGUUAAAACCUAGUACUUUAUCUGAUCAUAUGAUGUUAACGUUACCUCAAGAAACUUACAUUACAGAAAAACCGAUGAAUGAAUUAGAUCCAAAUCAAUUUGUAGUCAAGACAUGUCUUACAACUUUUACCUAUUUAACCACCUAUCUUGAAAAAGGUACUACGACAGUAUCUAGUCAUGAACAGGUUAUUUCUAAUGUAGCUACAGAGGAAAGAAUGAACACUGGAAAAAUACUUCCAACUCCGGCAGUAGGAAUAACUUUAACUCAGUAUCCGAACUUGUCUGUAGGCGUUUUUCACACUACAUAUACCUAUCUUAACACGAUUCUUGAUGGGGAACAACCACUAGUAAUAUCAUCGCAGCAUGUUGUAUCUAACACCGUAACUGCUCCCGAUGACUAUCUUUCAUUAUUAAGGCCUUCACAAACUACCAAACCUGUUAAAGAUACAAAUACGUACUUUAGUACUAUCAACUUAGAAAAAACCUUAUAUGAAGAUGGCAAAGAAAGUGUAAUUAGCACUAAAGAAGUUGUAACACAAGUGGUUAUUACGGAGAGUAUACCUCCUAGAGAUAGACCUGUUAUGACGUCGUAUAUAGCGUUGGAUAGUAUGAAACAUCUCGAGAAUAGAUUAGUAGAGCCUACAAAAACCAACGAAGAAACUACUGACGUAACCAAAACAUAUUUCGUUACUUAUACAUAUUACAAUACCGUUUUGGAGAAUGGGACACCUACAAUAUAUACGAAUAUUUCUACAGAGAGUGACGUAGUUACAGAAAAAGUUCCAUUGCUUACCAAAAAAGCCACUAAUACAAAAGUAACAGAUGAAAAAGAUGAUAAAAGUUCCCAAAGUAUACUACAAACUGAUGCUAAAUUUAAUAUUUUAGCGACGAAAGUUUAUUAUACAACUUUUACGUAUUUAACGACAUUAUUGAAGGAAAAAGAUCCGAAAUCAACUAUUAUUAAUUCUAGCACAAAAAUUGAAGAAAAUAUAGUAACAGAAACUUUGAAUCCAAGCUUGUUUAAUUCUGAUUAUAUUUCUUCUUUAGCAAAUGACAUUAACAAAAGCUCUGAUACUAUUAAGAGGGUUGGAACGUUACUCAACGGUCAAGUUAUCGAUAUAACUUUAGUGCCAAACCCGCAUUAUAUAGAGAUCAAACCAACUCAGGUUCUACCUAUAGAGAAAACAAGUUUACCGUCACUAGAGGCCAGUAUCGAAACAACAACAAAUGCUGUAUUAGAAGGGACUUUCAGUAAUUCUAAACCUAAUAUUAUAACAGGUUCUACUAUUGUAUUUAUAGACGAUGAUCCUUUUGCUAAUUUGCUACCAACUCCAAGUUUAAGUAGUACUUCAACAUGGAGUACAGGAGCAAGCAGUUCAUCGCAGAUAGUAAAGGAAACGAAAGUGGAUGUAGUAACAAGUAAAGUAAAACGCCCUGGACAUAAAACUAAAAAUAAAAAUAAAGUGAAUCCCUCUAAAGCAACCGCAGCAAAUAUCCAAUUCAGUAGUGUUAAUAAAAAUACGAAUAAGAAGACUGAUAAGAAUGAUAAAAAUAAAAAACAAACACCUGGGAAAACACCAGGCACGAAACAACCAGCGACGCCUCCGCAAGAUUUACUCGGAUUAGGUUCAAUUAACAUUCCAAAUACAUUGGAAGCUUUAACGCCUGUACUGAGCGCUAUGGCGGGAUAUAUAAACCAAAAUUUAAAGAGUACAAGACGAAAUGAUGUGAAUACUACGAUAACUCAAGGAAAAAAUCCUCUGGGUCCUCAAGUAAUCGAGGCUUUACCGCAGAAUCAACAAGAAAUAAAACAUCCCGGCCAGGACGGACCAAAUCGUUCUCCUGUGUAUAUUCCAGUUGGUGGUGCUGUAGGGGAUGAUUUUGAAAUUGCUGAAAGUCAAAACAUUGCUACAUUUGAAUGGAAUGAUUCAGUAAGGCCUGAGACGUUAAGUAAGUUAAAACAUGAAGCACCUUUGUUAAAUGACGGUAUUCCUAUUAGUCCAGGAGAUAUCAUUACAGCAAAUUCCGACGUUAUAGUGGGCAAACCUGGACGAGUUGGUCCACGCCUUCCGUCGACCAUUCCUAUCCAUAACGAAGAAAACAAUAUUCCCCUCGGAAUGAAACCUCCUCCUCUGCCACAAAAAAAUUCCUGGAACUCUCAAAAUAACUUAUUAAAACAUAGACCUCAAGGCUCCUUAAUAAAAGAUAAUAUAGCGAGUCAAGCAAAUAUAGUACAUGUGCCGAACAAAGAGACUCCGCCUUUCCAAAAACAAUCUUUAGAAAAAUUCAAAGGUGAUAAAAGGAAACAUAUACCGUUAGAUUCUUUCAAUAGAGGUCAAAUUCUCUCCCAUCAGUCAAAUAAUUACCAAUCGGGUAACCGUUACAAGCAAAAUCAGCAAGCAUUUUCCGAGAGCCAACGUGUUCAAGAUUUCUUUAUAUCGGGAGGAAAAAACACUAGAAAUAAUUUUGCAGGGGGGAGCCAUGCAGUAUAUGCUGCACAAUAUAGCGGCGAAACGCCACCUCCAUAUCUAGCAAAUCAAAAUGCAGCAUCUUAUGUUCCACCAGAGAAGAUUCCUACACCUAGUUUGCAAGAAACUAUAUAUAAAAAUUACCACAUAGACACUCAAAAUCAAAACUCUUAUCCUCCAAUAUAUGCCGCACAACAAAAACCAGUUAUUAUAUCAUCUAUUCCGCUGGUACUACCCGAGGUAAUCGAACGAAGUACCGGACAACCCCUUUUGGUACAACUACAACCAUCUCAAGUAGCUUUUGUAAAUAUCCCUUUCAAUCGAACGACAGCAUUAAUUUAUGGUGGAUCAACGGAGAUACAUCCCAACGGACAGUAUUUUGAUGACCCUAGUCCAUAUCCAGAGCCGGAGUUUUCUGGCAUCGAAAAUUUUAAAAAUGGUGUUCCACAAUUAGCCUCUAUUUAUCACAAUACUCCACCAUUCGAUGGAAUCAGCCAAAAACAAGUAUCUGGUGUUAUAAAAGUCGGCGCAUCAAAUGAUCACAUUGUCAAGCAGGAACCUGACACCAGUGAAAAUCAAAAAGUGCACGUAAACAUAAUUCCGACAAAACCUAAAGAAGUUUUACUUCACCACGUUGGAAACGCAAACAUAGAUGUUCAGCCUCCUCCAUUAUCUUUUGGACUUACAAAGCAACAUGGUGACUUAAAUGCUCAUAUUAUAAAUCACGGAACUGCAACUGUACCAGUACCGUCCGUUCCUAUUGUAAUUCGUAAUAAAACUAAUAUAAAUUACAAUCAAGAAUAUCUAGAUCCAAACUAUUUCCCAGAACAAAAACCACAAGAGAAACCAAAUCUGUUUAAUGCAGAAAAUAACUUUGAAAAUGUAGCAUUGACAGGUGAACAAUUGCCUCCAGCAAUCAAGCCUAAUGCUCAUCCCGUUAACAACGUUCAAGUACACCCUCCGUCAACGUACUAUCCGAAAAUACAAUCAUUUCCAAAAGAACCCUCGACAGAUAUGGUACCUCCUGUAUACCAUAAAACAAAACCAAUAUUACAACAGAAACCAAACAGACCAAAUAAAGUGAAAUAUUCCCAGCCACCUAAACGCAUCUUGCCACGACCACGACCUAGACCGAACACGCAAAUUUCAGAAUUUAUAACACCUCCUGCUAAUAAGCAUCUAUUGCCAAAUAAACAAUUUGACAAUAGAUAUGUACCUGGAAAGAGUCCAUUACCAAUACCUCUCGGUCCAGUUACUACAGCAGUUUUUAAUAACAACAUAGGAUCGGCAAAUAAUUUCAAUCCUCCCUCAGUUCAAAAUUACUCACCACAACAAAGUAACAAACACGAAGGAAAUCCGGUAAAUUUGAAUAAAUACCAUACUGAAAAUAUUUACAAGGAAAUAAUGGAAAACGAGAAUGGCGAUGUCGAUUCUUCGGAUGAUCAUCUAGAAGAUGAUUCUCCAAAUGAAUACGGUGAGGUGGUUCAAGAAUCAAAUCCUCGGCCGUUGAAACCAGGAGAAAUUCCUAUCGAGCUAUUAAGGAAAAAAGAAUCAAGUAGUACCACGGAAAAAUCUAACGAUUUUGUAAGGUUCCCAGACUCUAAACAAAAUAAUUCAAUUGUUAGAUUUCCGUAUGAUCAUAAUCAGUUUUCUCAGUUCGAUCUUAGCAAUACAAAUAUUAAACAAACUGAAAAUUCAUAUGAAAAUCCUAAAAUUCAAUUUGACGUGCCAAAAAUACACGAACAUAAACCCAUACAACCACCAGAAGAAGCGUCCUAUUAUAAUAUAAUCAAUAGACCAUUCAAUACCAAAAUUCCGCAAUAUGUAACAUCAACAACCGCAACUAUUCCAUUCGGCGAAUUCGAGAAUAAUCAGCAAACUGAAGAAAACUCGUUAGUUAUUAAUAAUAUUCCAACCAUUUCCAGAGUUGAAUCCACUACAAAAACUACUCCUGUUAAGCAAAAGAUCCAGACAUCCUCCCAAAAACCGGUUUUAAUUUUCAUCGAUGAAAAUGGAUCAACAAAGGAUGGAUUCUUUAAUAGGAGACCCACGGAAAGCAGUAGGCCAAAAGUAACGUCUUUGCCAAUAGAUACUCACACUCCUAAUUCGCCUAUAGUUGUAACAGUCCCGAUUUUCAGCAAUGAUAAACCGUAUUCUCAAACAGAACGACCGUUUGAUAGUUCUAAAUACUCAGGGAACCAACCAACUAAUGAGGUGAAUAUUAUGACUCCAGCUGAGGAUUCUAUUGAAAUUAAAUUGUCAACAACCGAAAGGACUAUCGUGUCUAAUAUAACUAUACCAACAGUUGAUAAACUAUCUGAAAUGCCAAUAGCUGGAUUAAAUAGUGGCGAGACGUUGGCAAUUGACCUAGCAAAUUUAACUCAAGAAAUAAAUAAUAUGGAAAUAUUACAGCCACCUCCACCAAUAGAAGAUAUAUUAUUAAAUAUACCAAGUCCAGUUAUGAAACCACCCAGGAUUAACGUUAAUUCUCCAGGGCAUGAUAUAGUGCGUGUUCCAAAUAUACAUCAAUAUAAUCCUGACGUCGAUGUAGGUGUAAGCACUUUAAAACCACUAGUACCAGCUCCAGUAGAAGAAAUGCUUCCACCCCCUCCUGGGCAAAUACCGGUUCGUUCAGAGAUCUCUAUACCAACGACGGAAGUGGUACUGGGAAUGUCUCCGCCCCCUUUGAUAACAACUCGCAAUCCUAUAAAUAACGUUAUUUCUGUGCAUCAUGGCACUUCUAUAAAACAACCUACUAUUACCACCGUUACCACGCAAAAAUACGAUCGGCCUACAAGACCUAGAAUACCAGGGUAUCGUAGACCAGGUCAUAGAAGAACAACGACGGCAACUACUCCGUUCAGUAGCCCAUCGACCACACACAGAAUAACUACUUAUAAGGGACACUUUAAAAGACCUACUGGUAUUCUACAGCCUGUAAAAAUACCUUCCGGGCAAAAUAAAUUUAAUAAAAAUUUUACUGAAAAAAAUACUCUACCUGAAGAUAACUUAAAUGCAGCGUCAAAUGGUGCUGGUAAUAUAAUUACACCUACACCAACUAUUAAAUCCAAACCAUCACUGGACGUUAUUAUAGGGCAUCCAAACAUGGGCGAUGUAGAAAAGCAAUCCGUCAAACAAAAAACUAAACACGUCGUGGAAAAAGUAACUAGUGAUUUGCCUGAAAAGACUAGUACAACUCAACCUACUCCCGAGUUGAUAACUGUUCCGCAAGAUCUAAAUGAUAUCAUAACAAAACCAGUCCACCACGCAGGCAAUGAAGUAAAAAUAGUUGACGGUGACAGUGUAUCCAAAAAGCACCAACCAAGUCAGGUGAAAGAAUCGCGGCCUACCAUUGUUCCUACCCGAUACAUUACCCAUACCAAGACUCAUACUGUCACAAUAACAAAGACAACCGUAGUAAAGACACUUGGUGGUCCGCCAAGUACGCUGACCAUACUGGUAACAAAAACUGAAAAGAGUUACAUUAUAGAUACUGUGACGGAGAUUCAUACUUUGGUAAAACCGACUAGCAUAGUGGAAACUGUCACUACUACCAUACAAAGAGAUCACUCUCUAUAUUCACCCGAAGUAUAUCAGAGCAAGUAUCCAAAGAUACACAUGAGACCUGGUUUGAAACCGAUUAACAACAAACCAGACGUCGUGACACAGAUAAGUAGUAGCUUCGAUGAUAAAGGGGACAAUGAAAAUGAGGAUUCUUUAGAAGACUUUAUUAUAAAAGAUGCAGAUGAUAUUGGUCAACAAUCCUCCCACAAGAACCAAUACAACGACAACGAUUCUAUUUUCGUUGUAAUGACAGACAAGAACAAAGGCGGUAUAAUCAAAAUACCUCCGGCCAGUUCCGAAGAAAAUUCUUCACAAGACCAAUCCAACGACGGACCUCCACAUCGGGAUGAAAUCACCGAAAAUGAAGCAAACAAUAUACUGUUGGGCGGAAUUCUAAUAGCCAAUCGACCGGAAGUGAACUCGCCCGAUGUAGAUGUCAAAAACAAAGAUCGAUGCAGUCCGGAAUGCAAGGCGAGCAGAAACGAAUUGUGCCAACGGAUAGGAGGCACAAUGCGGUGCGUUUGUAGACCAGGAUUCGCACGAAUGUUCCCCGAUAGACCUUGUAACCCCACAUAUACGUAUAGUUUAAACGUUACGAUAGAUCGAAUCGGAAAACACCGACAAAAGUAUUCAGAAAAGCUCACCAUGGAAAAUAGCACUGACUUUAUAAAUUUGGCCAGAAAAACGCAUGAAGCUUUGGACAGGAUGGUGAUGCAGUCCGAUCUUCGGGAUAUAUAUCACGGAGUACACGUAAUGGCGUUCUAUCCAGAAGAGGGUACAGAAGAGGACAAAGUUAUUAGUCAGUUUUAUCUUCAACUCUCCGAUAAUAUCGAUGAAAACCGUAUGGAGGGUAUAUUUAAGAAGUAUUUGAGAAACAACAAUUACUCAUUAGGAGGCACCGACGUCUUCACAUCCGGCGAAUCGAUAGAACAUUUGAAGGCUCGCGAUUUUAAUGAAUGCGAUUUUCCUCGCUUCCACGAUUGCUCGGACAAUGCUCAAUGCUUCAAUCUUAAAGGAACGUAUACAUGCUCAUGUAGAGAAGGCUUCUCAGAUUUAUCAGAGAACAUGCUCUAUCCUGGUAGAAUGUGCAGCGCUGAGCAGGUUGGUUGCGAACUGUGUAACUACCAUGGAACGUGUUAUUCCAGAGGUCCGGAUGAAAUUCUUUGCGAAUGUUUCCAUUGGUACGCUGGAGAAUUCUGUCAAGUUAACCUUAAAGUACUUCUCAUCGGGCUGUUAACACUGGGACUGGUUUUAUUCGCUCUCCUAUUGGUGUGUAUUAUACUCACUUGCGUACGAAGAAAGCCUACCAAUCGUGGUGUUUCCAGCACUAUGGGCUUUUUGCCUCAAAGUAGCGUUAACAGAGACGGCACACUCGACAGGCGGGCUAUGAUCGAAGACACCAGUUCUGAAGACAGUAGAAGUGAAACAAACACAUUACCACCAUACGUCCAACAGAAAGUACCAAAACUGAAACCACCACCUGCAAAAGGAGCCUUGAAGAAAGUAUCAAAGGUAUCAAUGAGUAGCGGGCCCGAACGUCGUGAGUCAUCAUCGAUUAUCUUUCCAGAUCAAAAAGACCGAGCGUUAACUGUAAUGAUACCCAGAGCAAAAUAUCAUCCCGCUCCACCUACGUCUCCACUGAUAAACUACACGAGUUUUGACACCGGGAAACCCAGCGUGCCAUGUAUUAACAAUGAGGCAAAACUUCUAAGUUAUUUGGAUGCUGGGCCCUGCUCUACUAAGAUUGAAUCAAAAAGAAGAUCUAGCAACACCGCAAGUGAAUCUUUCAUCGAAGAAAAUCCAAGUUCGAGAAAAACAUCAGGAGCAUUGGUAUCGGCUGGAUUUGAGGUGUCCGCAACAGUUGUAAAUAAUAUGGGCACUUUAGGUACCACCUGUGGAACCGAGGCUGACAGAAGCGAAAACGCUACACUAAUACACAAAAUUAGUGCGGAUUUAAUAUCUAGAGCCGACACAUCAUCGCAAUUUAACACACUGAGAAAAUCUAUUGUGGAUGAUGAUCUAGAGUCUAACAGUAAUUGGCUAGAUAUACCUAGGAUAAGUACUGUAUCAGAAUCUCGAUCGUACGAUGAAACGACGAUACCCCCUCCGAUGAAAUCUUUUAGGAGUGACUACGAUACAAAGUCGCUACAGCACCAAAAUGAUGAGGCCAAUACAAUGGCGGAGCGUGACUUGGGAUCAACGUUCUUGUUGCCCCAUACACACCUGUAUAAACCUGAGAGAGGUUCAGAUAUAUCAGGUUUCGAGUCUUUGUAACACUCUGCAGGUUUUUAAAAGACUAGUAAAAGUACGUUACGCAAUUGUCCAAGUGCCUUAUUUAUUAUUAGUACCUAAAUAUUAUUAUUUAGAAAAUACAGCGGAGCGAAUGGUUAAAAAAAAUAAUUUCAUAUAUCUAGUUGUUUCAAGUUUACCCUGUUGGCCAUAAUUUAUUUAAAUUGAUGUAAAUAAUUUAUUUCGCGUAUUAUUUUAAUAAUGUUGUAUGAAUGAAUUAUCCAGUAUGGGCCUUUUAUUACAAAUUUAUUGGAUCGCCCGGAUACUGCUGUGAAUGCGUGUGAAUGUAUAUAUCGUGUGAUAUAAGAGUAAUUUUUAUAUACAAUGUAACGAAACAAACAUAUUUAUAUUUUAAGUAAAAAAUCUGGUCUUAUAUAAGUACUUACUAUACGUUAUGCUGUAAAUUUGUAAUGUAUAAUAAAUAUUUUUAAAUAAAUAAACGUAAUAUAUAAGUAUAUACAUAAUUUGUGUAGCAGGAUAGGAGUGCCAAAACAGUAAUGUGAUUUCCUUGGAAGAGAUCACUUUUCUAAUAAGAAUUUAUUGUUUGAGUUUACUAAUUUUGUUCUAUCGAAAACAAGAAAUAUACAAAUGUUUU